AUGGGCAGAGGCGACCGGCGCCUCCCCCGGCUUACACAGGAGGAACUGGCCAAUCCUUGUACACGAAUCUCGCUCGAUGGGGUCGAGGUGCAGCUGUGGCAGGUCGCGCACAUCUACGGCCUUAGUUAUGAGAUGCCCAGCCCAUCUCUGAGAGGAGGCGCUUCAUCUCAGGACUUCCGGUCCCUACCUUCGAGGGAGCGCGAUGAAGGAACCGAAGUUCCCGGUGUUCCCGGUCCUCUGACAAGCAGCGGCCGCAGCAAUGUGAAUGAGAGAACGCCUUUCACAGACCUGCCAAUUGCCCCAUUAAGAAUUUCCCCUAGAAGAGGAGUACAGCAAAGGAUUCGGUGCCCUGCAGAGUCCGACAGCAGUCGUCACGGCUCCGGCACACAAGAUAUCUUGCGCCUGAUAGAUGAAUUGGUGGAUGAAUGCUGGUCUGAUGGGAUAGACAAAGAAGAAACACAGGACAAGACCGCCGUUCCACUCGCAACACUCUCUGAUCCUGCGCCGAGAAUCAAAGGGGCUACAUGGGCGGAUCCUUCGUUCCCUCCACCCGCGCAUCCUCCUCCCGCCAGGCCCUUGCCUCGGGUUCCGGAACAGCCAGCAGGGAAUAUGAACCCCGGCGCGGGUGCGCACCAGGCUCGGCGCUUGGCUGUGGUGCCGCGCACGACACCGGGAAUAUCAUCCCGACAUUCCGGAAAGUUGACAGAGAAUUCGGACCCGAACCGUGACAACAACGAUGACGACGAUGAUGACGACGACGACGCGGACUCAGAAAGGACAAUCACUCCACGCGCAUCUCGACGGCAGCUUGUCGCCGCUCCACGAGAGCGAAACGUGUCGAUGCCCAACCCGUGGCCGAGCGCUCAACAGCCGGCUGCCGUCCAUUCGGCUGGACGAGCCGUCUCUGCCUCGAUCCUUCGAAAUCGCGACGAAGUGCAUUACCAUCCUCUCCCGCAAAGGUUUGGUCCAGCUCAAGCUCAGUCAAAGCAGGUGCGGCCGCCGUUGCCAUUGCGACAUCCGCUCCCCGACUUCUUGCUCAACCCUCCCAGCUUUUUGCAACACCCUCCUGAUCUGUCGCAGCAGCCUCAUCUCCCGGAAAACCAGGGUAACGCAGGAGCGGUUGCGAGACGGGACCCACGGUCGAACAAGUCCGGAUCUACUUCGAGCCCGGCCGCCGCAUGCGCAUCAGCGCCCAGAGCGGCAAUGCCUACCUCGGACGACGAGGUGGCUGUGACCUCGCGCUGGAGUUCCGACAGUUCCGACAGCGAGGACGAGAAGGAGUCCAAGAUGAAGAGGCUGAAGAAAGUUCUCAGCUUCUCCAAGCUGCGCCCCAGAAAGUCGAGCUUUUUCCAGAAGCAAACCGCAACCGAAGCUGGCAAAUCCGCAGUAUCGGUUGGGAGGUCCACAUCGGGCUCUUCGGGGUCCCGCAGGGGCAGCAAGACCGAAAACUAG